AUGUCAGUCAAGGAAAUCCGCCCCAUCAUCAGGUCCCUGACCCAGGGCACACCGGCCGAGCAGCAGCAGACUCUCGAAACCUACUUCACCCCCGACGCGACCUUCGCUCACCCCUUCUGCCGCGUCCCCUCCAUCCCUACUUACACCCUACCCUUCCUACCCGACAAGCCCGUCAACUCGCGCCUCAUUAUCCUGUUCAUCUACCGCUGGUACCGCAUCCUCUCGCCCCGCAUCGACGUGGACAUAAGCUCCGCCGUCCACGACCAGAAACAGAACCUCCUCUACCUCCAGAUCACCCAGGCCUUCACCUUCUUCUUCCUCCCCGUCUACACCCCGCGCAUCCGCCUCACCACCGUCCUCCACCUCGACCAGCGCCCCGCGCCCCACGACGCCCACACCACCGGCGGUCUCCUGCCCAUCCGCGCCGGCGCCGGCUCCCCCGGCCCCGAGAACGCGGCCGUCGGCGUGCCCGCCAACGGCGCCGCCGGCAAGCAGCGCUAUUUCAUCACGGCCCAGGAGGACCUCUACCAGACGACCGAGUGGCUCAAGUUUCUCGUCCCCUGGGUCGGCGCUCCGUUGCUGGCCGCCUGGCAGCUCUUUGCCACGCUGCUGAGCGUCGUCGGGGCCGUCGUGCUGGCGCCCGUGUCGUGGCUUGACGUCCGCAGCGGCGAGGUCAAGGGGGUCAGAGGACCUCUGAGGUGA